UUGUGACGUCUGAAAUACCAAUACGCACUGAUUCCAAAAAAUCACGUGCGAAUCACAUGCAACUUUAUAAACGGAAAAAUUGACGAAGUUUAUCGUAAUGACCUAAAAACCUGGUCAAAGCCCAUAGGUUCAAUAUCAAUUUGGAGUCUGAAAAAGCACUUUUUACGUGAAGCAGCAUCCGUUGUUUGAGGUGGUGAGACUUUGAACUUGCGACCAUACCCAAAAACUAAAAAAAAAAAAAAAACAAAAAAACAAAAAACAAAAGAGGGAAAAAAGAAAGAAAAAAGAAAAAGGAUAUUGAAUUGCCUUUGUCCAAGAUUUGUAGUGAUCAUCCCCUCCACUCACAUUACCCAUCAAACAUUCUUAAUUCAAAUAUAAUUGAUUAAUCAUAAUCAGAGAAUGCUUGCAUGGCUGACAAGAACAAAAUGCAGGUUUCUCUAAUAUUGGCAUUGUCGUUUUCUUCUUCUGGUAUUGGGUUGAUCUUCAUUUGAUUUUCUUGGAAUUUUCAUUUGAUUCAACAUCUGAGAUUGAUGCUUAAAAUUAUAAUCCAGACGAAGCAAUAAUGGGAUUAGUGUUAAAAAUUGGAGUUAACAUCCGAAAAUCUGUGAGCAUUUCAAUCAGAACAUGUUACAGAUCAGUUUGCAAUCAUCCAUUUCUUGGGGGAAUGCUGUUUUUCUUGUUAUUUCUGCACAGAGAAUUUCCUUUUGUGUUUUCUCUUUUGGUGUAUGCAUCCCCUGUGUUUGUCUGCUCUGUUGUUCUUCUUGGGACCCUUUUGAUUUUUGGUCAGUCCAACAUACCUGAAACCGAGAAGGAACAGAAGAUUAGUCAUGCCAUUGCUUAUCCUAGAACUCGGGUUUCGAGGGAUGACAUUAUUAUUAUUGAGAGAGAUAGGAGGUUUCCCACUGAAAGGCUUUCAGGAAAGUCUAAGGACACUGCAGAGAGUAGUGAGGUUGAUGAUUAUGAAGGUUCAGUUGGAUAUGUGCCGCUUAUUGAUGAGUGCUUGCAGAACAUUCUAAGUGGAAAGAGAUUGACUGGGGAUAUGGGGAGAGAAUUAAACAGUGAAGACUUGAAAAGUCAGCGAAAUGUUGAAAAUGAGAAAGCGAGGCAUGAAGGCAUGCUAAGGGAAGUGAGAAUUGAUGAGAAGCAACAUUCUAUGGUUCAAAAAGUAGGAGAUGAGAACCGAUAUUCAAUUGAUGCUCACAAGGGUGAUCAUUACUCGGAGUCUAAUGGUGGUGAUGAUAAUGAUGACGAUGACGAUGAUGAGGCUUCAGAUUAUGGGUCAGAGAGGGCAGAGAGUUCAUCACCAGAUGCAUCAAUGGCUGACAUUCUUCCGAUCCUUGAUGAGCUACACCCUCUUUUAGACUUAGAACCUCCACAUCCUGCUAAUGAUGAGUCUGAUUCUGUGUCUGAUAGAAGUAACGAUGGCAAUAAUGAGUCGAACGAAGAUAUUCAAAACAAGGAUGGAGAAGUAGAAGAGGAUGAGGUUGAUGAUAAUGAUGGCGAUGAAGAAGAAACACAUGGUGGAAAGAAAGAUGAAUCUGCAAUCAAUUGGACUGAGGAUGACCAAAAGAAUCUCAUGGAUUUGGGGAAUUUGGAGCUUGAAAAGAACCAAUGCUUAGAGACUAUUAUUGCGAGGAGAAGAGCAACAAAAAGCUUUAGUUUAUCAGCCGAGAAGAAUCUAAUUGAUUUAGAUAGUUCUGAAAAUCUCUUUAAUGUUACACCAAUAUCGACAACAAGGCACAACCCGUUUGAUCCUCAAUAUGAUAGUUCGUAUGAUAGCAUGGGGUUACCACCUAUUCCUGGUUCUGCUCCAUCGAUUUUGUUGCCAAGAAGAAACCCGUUUCAUCUUCCUUAUGAGUUAAAUGAAAAUAAACUUGAUCAUGUCAAGGGAGACAGUUUUCAACAACACUUUAUGACAUUUCAACCCAAAGAAGUGUCAUUCUGUAGGCAUGAAAGCUUCAGUUUGGGACCGUCGAGCUUAGGGGAUGCCAAAGAAGAGAGGCAAGAGUUUAAGUGGAGACCUUUUUUUGUACCAGAACAGUUAGCUCCAGAAGGAACAAGUUAUUCCUCAUUACAAAGACAGUCAAGCAAUGUUAGUGAUUCGAAGUUGAGUUCUAGUCAUGAUACUGAAUCAGUGAGUUCUACCGCAGACAUGGAUGAUAGGAAGUUCAGUGAGCAAGACUUUGCUAAAGAAGCAGAAGUAAUCUCUAACAUUUACCGAGCUUUUGAUCUUUUUGGCCAUAGAAGUCAAUCCUUUGAAGAUGUAGAGAGGGAAAUAAUGGAACAGGAUGGAAAAAAGGAUGUUCAACAUAAUGAGCUAGAGAUAAAAUUGGGCAAAGUGGAAAAUUUGGAGCCAAGCUUGUCAAGUACAGGAGGGUUUGCUACUCCUGUGGAAAUAAAUGACAAGUCAAGCUUUUCAUCAUUGUCACAAGUGGAUGAAAAGAUUUCAGAUGUGAGGAAAGGUGGAUCAACAAGUUCCAAAUCAAAAGGUGAUCUCGUUGUGAAGGUUGCAGUUUCACCACAACCUCCACUUGAGGAUUUAGAAGUCCACUUUAUGAGCAAUAUGAUGGACGACAAUCAACAUAAGGAGCCAAUCUAUGACUCAAGCCCUCAAACAUCUGAAAAAGUCAUUUCCUUUGACUCCAUUUCUUCAGACAUGCGAGCAGAGAUAUCUAAACUAAUAUCGAAUUUAGACUCAGAUGUCGAUCUCUCUAAGAAUUUGGACGAGAAAGAAGCUUCUUCAAAUUCUUGCUAUCAAUAUGUUUCUUCCAAUGAAAAUCCACCAACAGAACAGGAGAAACACCUAUCAUGGUUAAUUAAGUCCAUGGUUGAACCGCGUUUUGAUGAUCACAAUUCACUUACUGAGCCGGUUUCCAUCUUGUCAGAAUCCAAAGAGGAUUCGAGCAUAAUUCAGGACGUGAAAGUACGGGAAGUUGGUGAAGUUCAGGACCCUGGUUUGACAAAUUUCUCUUUAAUAACUUCUAAAUCUGCAUCAAGCAAUACAGAAUUUGGUGUUCAAGAACCUACUACUACUUAUACUGCUUCGAAGAAAGUCUCUGAAGUUAAUGUUGGUAAGCCUCAUAAACCAUCUGAUUUGAAGGAUGGAUUAACAGAAGUAGAAACUAAUGAUGUGGGUUCUACCAAGGAGACUGCAUCAAGAAAUUCGAGGUCUAGUGCUCAAGAAAAUUUCACUACUCAAUCUACUUUGAAGUCAGUCUCGAAAGGUAGUGUUAGUGAGAUGCCAAAACAACCAAAUUUGAAUGAUGCAUUGAGUUCUAAAAACGAGACUGCAUCAAGUUAUGCAGGCAUUGAUGUUCAAGAAGCUGUUACUACUCAAUCUACUUUGAAGUCAGUCUCUGAAGGUAAUAUUAGUGAGCUACCAAAACAAUCAAAUGCGAAUGAUGCAGUGGGUUCUAAAAAUAAGACUACAUCAAGUUAUAUAGGGUCUAGUGUUCAAGAAGCUGUCACUAUGGAUAAUGCAUCAAAGCGAAUUUCAGAAGGUAAUGUGGAUGAACUGACAAAGUCACCAGAUUUAAAGAAUGGAUCAGAAAAAGUAGAAGCUAUUGCAGGGGAAUCUACCAAGCAGAUAUCAUUAAACAAUCCAAGAUCUAGUGUCCAAGAAACUAUCACCAUUGAUAUUGCUAUGAAGCCAGUGUCAAAAGGGAAUGUUGGUGCUACUACAAAACCAUCAAACUCAAAUAAUGGAUUUGCAGAAGUAGGAACAAAUAUAGUGGGUUUUACCAAGGAGGAUGCAUUAAGUAAUGCAGGAUCUGAUGUUCAUGAAACUAUCAUUGCUCAUACGUCCUUGAAACAAGUCUUAGAAGGUAACGUUGGUGAGUUUCAAAAAUUGUCAGCUUCAGAGGAUGGGUCAACUAAAGUAAGAACUAAUGCAGUUGGUUCAAACAAGGAGGUAGUAUUAAACAAUAUAAGAUCUAGUGUUCAACAUACUAUGAUUACUCAUAUGGGUUUAAAGCAAGUCUCAGAAGGAAAUGCUAGUGAGCUAUCGAAAUCAUCAAAUUCAAAUGAUGAACCCGGAAAAGUAGGAAUUAAUGCAGUGGGUUCUAUCAAGGAAAUUGGAUCAACCAAUUUAGAAUCGUCUGAUCACAAAACUAUCACUACUUAUACUGAUUUGAAGCAAGUCCCAAAAGGUAAUGUUGGAGAGUUACCAAAAGCAUCAGAUUCAAAGGAUGGACCAAUAAAAAUAGAAACCAUUGCAGCGAGUUCUUCCCAUGAGUUUGCAUCUAACAAUGCAGAAGAACUUAUCACUACUCAUUUAGCUUUCAAGCAAAUUUCAGAAGGUAAUGUUGGUGAGCUACCAAAACUAUCAACUUCAAAGGAUGGAUAUGACAAAGUAGAGACUAAUGCAUUGGGUUAUACCAAGGAGAUUUCAUCAACUAAUACAAGAUUUAGUGUUGCGGAAACCAUCACUACUGAUACUGCUUUGAAAAAAGUCUCAGAUGGUAAUGUUGGUGAGCUACCAAAAACAUUGGAUUCAAAGGAUAGAUCAACAAAAGUUGGAGAGAAUGCAGUGAGGUCUACCAAGGUGAUUGCAUCACGUAAUACAGAUUCUGGUGUUCAAGAAACCAUCACUACUGAUACUUCCUUAAACCAAGCCUCAGAAGGUAAAAUUGGCGAGCUGCCAAAACAAUCGGAUUUGAAAGAUGAACUGACACAAGUAGAAAGUAAUGUUGUGGGUUAUGGCAAGGAUAUUGCAUCAAGCAAAACAGAAGCUGGUAUUCAAGGAACUAUCAUUACUCAUACUUAUGUGGACCAAUUCUCAGAAAAUGGGAGUGAGCUUCCAAAACCAUCGAUUUCAAAGGAAGGAUCUACAAAAGUAGGAACUAAUGCAGCAACUUCUACAAAUGAGGUUGUAUCAAACAAAGUAAGACCCGGUAUUCAAGAAACUAUCACCAUUGAUAUGACUUUGAAGCAAAUCUCUAAAUGUAAUGUUGGAGAGCUAACAAAAUUGUCAAACUCAAAGGAUGGAUAUGAAAAACUAGGAACUGGUGCAGUUAAUCAAACUAUCAUUAAUGAUACAGCGUCAAAACAAGUCUCAGAAAGCAAUGUUGUUGAGCUACCAAAACCAUCAGAUUCAAAGGUUGGAUCAGCAAAAGUAGGAACAAAUGCAGUGGGCUAUACUCCAGAGACCGAAUCAAGCAAAUCAAAGUCUGGUGUUCAAGAAACUAUCACUACUGAGGCUACAUCGAAACAAGUUUCAGAAGGAAAUGUUCAUGAGCUUCUGAAACCAUCAAAUGCAAAUGAUGGAUUGACAGAAGUAGAAACUAAGGCAUCAGGUUCUCCGAAAGAGAUUGAAUCAAGCAAUACAAAAUCUGGUGUUCUAGAUGCUAUCUGGAAAACCAAAUUUUGGUGAGCUGCCAAAACCAUGAAAUUCAAAGGAUAAAUAGGAAAGAAUGUAGCGAGUUUGUAUAAGAGAUUGCAUUAAGCAAUGUCACUACUCGUGUUGCUUUGAAGAAAGAUUUAGAAGGUAAUGCUAAUGAGUUGCCAAAACCUUUAAAUUUAAAGGAUGAAUUGGAAAUCGUAGGAACUAAUGCAAUGGGUGCUACAAUGGAAGGAACUAAAAUAAGUUGUCUCCAGUUUCUAAAUUUUGUAAACAAAUUUCACUUUGAAUACAUAUAAA